AUGAAGGGAGCCAAGGAAGGGGGCUGGUUCGUUCCUGGUCUUUCCCAAUACAAAUGUUGGCAGCUUCUGUAUUCCCAGGACUAUUCUGUUCUCCAGGUAAGAGUGGACAUGUAAUCAGGUUCUGUAAUUAAGUUGGUGCCUUCUAGCAGCAAAUGUUUCGCACUUACGAAGCACAUGUGCUGAGGUGUAGCUUGAACAUGGCCUACGAAAUCCUAGAGAGACAAGAACAUUAAGUAAACAUUGUCUCUUGUUUCUUUGAACCAGACAACACUGCAUCUUUUCCUUACAAAUGAAAAUUGCAGGAAGCUUUAUAUUUCACUCUGAUGAAAAUUAGAUAGGACUGCAGAUAGACAAACCAAAUAGUUGUUUAAUGAGAGGGGGUGUGCAGAUCUGACCUCUGAGACUUCGUAGGGUCCAUCCUCAUGCUUUCUCUCGUAUAAACCUGGUCUACUUUAUUACUCUAGCAGUCAGUGGCUUUCCAUGGUGUUGGACAGAGGCUUCUCGCAGCCUUGCUAGUUGAGAUCCUAUCUAGUUGAGAUGUUGGGGCUUUAACCUGGAACAGUCUGCACACAAAGGAUACAAUCUAGUAUCAAGCUAUGGCUCUUUUCACUGCAUCCCCCUGCUCCUAAGGCCUAGUUUCCUAAGCUAUGCACUCCUCUUCAAAAUGCUAAGAUAGAUUCCUAUCACACCUCUUUAAAAAUCUUGGUGAACUUCUUCCCCAUUCACGUUUUUAGGCUGGCCAAGACUCUUCUUCUGCCAGAAACAUGAAUGUUGUACGAACUGUGUGUUUGCCGUAAGUAUUCAGUUCACUUUAAAAUUAUUCCACAAAGGUCUGUAAAGUUAUGCUACAUUAAUUUGUGUAUAGAAUUUCCUCUGUGUAUCAUUUUAAGACAUAUCUGGAGUUCAGUUCCUAAUGUGGAGGGGGGUUGGGUGAAAGGUGGAAAGUCUGGUGAAGAGAAUAAAGCCUGGGUAGUACUUGAAGGUUUAUCCCACAGAACUGUGAGGGUGUAUUAUGUUUUCAGUGUAAUUUAAAUGGCAUUCUUGUUAUUGGUUAAAUGAAGCCGAGUUAGGUCCUCAGCCAUCAGUGUGGAACCUGUGGCCCUUCAGAUGAUACUGGACUCCAGUUUCCAUCAGCAUGGCUAAUGGUCAGGAAUGAGGAGAGUUGUGGUUUAGCAUCUAGAGGGCUACAGGUUCCCAGCUGCUUACCUAGACAGUAAGUUGUAACUUGGUGCAUUCAGUACACACAAAUUAUGUAAGCACAGGAGUUCUCAAUCACUGUGCAAAACACUUCUUUCUAAGGAUGUGUGUACACUGGAUCAAUUCUUAAAGGGAGGAAGAGUGCAGGCUGCAUGGGAUUUACAUAUAUCCAGCAUCCAAAUUGUGGAAUAGCGGAGCAGAAAAUGGGGUGAAGGAAAAAAGGAAUCUCUCUCUCUCUCCUUUCUACUUAUGAGCGUGAUUCAGAGGAAGAAAAGGGAAGAAUAGCUUCAGGAGAUGAGCUCCAUCAUGCCUCUCGCUUUGCUCCCGCCUUGCUAGUGUGGAAGGGCCAAAGAUCCUCAAGAUACUUGUUUGGACUUCUUGA